AUGAGAGCGGACGCCUUGAGGUUCGUAUUUGAACAUGUGUUUCUACCUCCAAAACUACCUCAAGAACAACACAACGAAUCAGGCGCCGAUGAUCUUCUCAAGAAGAUCUCCAAGGCUGCACGCGACUUUUCCUCUGCCCUACCCCGACUUAGCAAUGAGCGCCGCAUCUGGAGCCAGUUGUCACAUUCAGUCUCCCGUUGGAUCGAGGUCUAUGAUAGAGGCGUUCCAUGUCGGGACAUCAUCACCAAGACCCUCGAAAACAUGCGUCAAGAUGACAUUUUGUUGUUCUACAUUGAGCCUCAGAAUGCCGCAAUCCUAGUCAGAAACAAGGCAAACGGCGCCAUCUUUGAGUGCUUUGAAGUGCUUGCAAAAACCGAUGCGGUCCUCGACGCGAAAGACGCCCUAACCCGGCAUUUUCCGGCGCGAGCAGUUUUCUUGCCGCAAGAGAAGCUCGACAAUACUUCCUUCAUCAAUAACCUUGGAAAUGCCGUCUACAUGCUAUCUGUUGAGCCACUGAAGAUGGCUAUGGAAAAGACAAAGAAAGGGAACAACACCGUGGUCGAAGAGCGUCAAUCUGCCCAUCCCAGGGCUGUCGCUGAAUGGCUGUUCAGUAUCUUGGGCAGCUGUGGAAAAGUUGCAUCAAGUGUGCCCAUUUGCAAGCGCAUUCAUGACGACGUCUGCUGGAAAAAUGCCCACCUACCCUGGCGCCGCUCAGGCGUCUGGCUGUCCACCAGAGUUGCUCUUCAAAUCGCACUCCACAACGCAGACCUCGAGGGUGAAGGGCAUUGCCACUACAAAAACUUCAUGCUGUUCCUCUUGUCUCAGAUAGCAGCUGAAAUUGCAGCCAUCGACCAUCGACCCGACGUUCUCCACGUUCUACGUGUGAAAUUAGCUAGGAGAAAUGCUAAACUGGGGGAAUCUACACUUAGCUUCGUCCAAAACGUUGUCGAUUCGACUCUGGACCUCAUCAGCAACUGUAUCCGCCGCCAAUGGGCACAAACGACCGACAGAGACCAAGUGACAAUACCACCCGUGCCCACCAGUCGGGUAUCGGAUCAACUGGCACUGAAGAAUAGUCGCGCGGCAUUGCACAAUGUGUGGCAACGUUCUCGUAAAGACUUCACAUACUCCUUCACGUCAUACACUCCUCCGUCGCUUGCUAGAGUGACGUUAUCGAAACAUUUAUUGCCCGAAGCCACAAUUUUCACCCAUACAAAAGAGCUCCUCUUUUGUCUUGUUGACUUUGAGCACUGGGUGGAAGAGUGUCUAAGCAGCUGGAUAGCGGUCAACAUAAGGACCCCAUCUGCAUGCGCCUCCCUCUCUGAACUGAUGCAGAAAUAUUAUGCUGUUGCUAAGCCGAAGUACCAGCCACAUGCGGAACGAGUGUCGAUCAUGCUCCUGACGAUCUUCGAGUUGUGGAUGGCCUUAGACACCAGCGCAACUGCCAUACAUCCACUCCUCUUUGAAUAUCCACCGGAACUGCCGGUGACUCUCUUUGAACCACUACUUCUAACUACCAGGACUGAGCUGGAAAGACUGUCGAAGGUCGAGCUCCACAUAAUAUCAAGACAGUCACGUUGCGUUCAGAACAAUCCUUCACUUUUCAGUGACCCGUCUCCAGACUGCUUUGCCGUCAAGUUCUACGACCAGUCUCUUAACCUCCAAAGUUUACGCAAUCAGGUCGAAAAAGAUGCCCACCGAGAGCGUGAAUCCAAGUCCGCGGAGUGGGAAUCGAAGAAGAGGACGUUCGACAGCAUCAUGCGAGGAGUCGAAGGCAUGAAAUGUUGCGUCUUCAUCCCCCAAGGAGUGGACAGGUACGGGAUGCCGUAUGUUGGCAGGCCUCGCCAUGACAGACGUUGCAGGAAAUGUGCGCAGGAGCAGUCGGCCAAGAAUAUUAAGAUAUCAAAACAUGAGUGGCCACUCCCAGACGACGAGACGAAGUGUAGAGCAGUGAUCUUUGAGCUUAACGCCCCCGAGUCGAUUGUCUCAUGGCGCGAUGCUACAUUCUUCUUGCUUCAAGACGUAUGCAGAACCAGCAAAAUUGCGGGUAUGGCGUCGAAGCAAGAGUUACUUUCGUAUGCACCACUUCAGGAGUAUGCUGAGUUGAAAAACAGACGCAUCAGUCUCGCGUCCCAUGUCAAACCUCUUAUUCAGUCACACUACAUCAAAGCGUCAUUGAAUAUUGAUCCGGUUUUCGUCAGCAACGGCUUGCAACCCAGAAUGUACGAUACUGCAAAGCAGUCUCUGUGGACUGCAGACCAGAUCGCUCCUCCCUCGUUACGGCACCACUGCUACACCAAAUUGACUGACUCUCCGGAUGGAGGUUUCAAUGGCUACAUCAAUUCCACCCAUCAUACGCAGAAUAAAGUCAUCUCACAGCAGUCAAAGAGUCCUUCGGAGAUGGGCUCUCAUGAAUUUGUGCUCUUGGGGUCGCUGAGAUCUGGAGAAAGACUCCAACUACUCCAUGUUCUUGGAGCGAUCACCUCGGCCGAAAUCGACUUGAACGCACCCUCGACCGCUCUCCUGUUUUGUUACGCGAUCUCUCAAGUCGGUCAAGCGCGGUCUGACUUGCCACUGUACCUACGUGAAUCUCAGGUCGUACUUGAGGAAGAACACUUCAAUCGUUCUUUGCUGGACGCCGUGGAGGGUGCAUUCAAGAGAAUCGAAGCCAAUUUCAAAGAAGCAGCGGCCGCGUCUAUAUUGCUUGGAGUGGCCCUCAAGGUGUUAUCCCUGUCGCCAUUUCGCAAUAUUUCGAAGCGCUGUAUGAAACUUGUUCUCCUAAUUCGUCAAUCUAGCCUAGGCUGGAUACGCCAGAUGACCAAGCUCUACACCGAGCAGAAGAAGUCUCGUGCUGACCGCUCUGCUCUCAGACAUCUAUCACGUCAGAUCUUGAAUUCCUGCAUUCUUUGCCGCCGCACGUACGUUGUCGAUACUGAGGUCCAAGCAUCCAUGUUCUCAGACCAUGAGUCUGUGGCAGACUAUGUGGAGGCUUCUGUUUACCUACACACGCAUCGAAAAUCACAACCUGAUGUAGACGCUUCCAACUAUGGAACCCAGCUUCUGAGUGACGGGUACCAUGCCAGGCGUAAUGUGAAACAUCUGCAAGUUGCCCUUCAGCUCAACGAGCCAGCAUUUACAGAUGGCAUCAGAAGAUUUUGGCCAACUGCAAUGUUUACCAAAAUCUGGCAGACGGUACAUUCGGAUGACUUUUCGUGGAUUUCAAAUUCUACUUCUUCUAAAGUUGUCCACUACAACCUUGUCACAGGGAGCCUUCUGGUGUCUGGCAGGCCAAUUUCUCAGCUCCCUGCCCAGCACAGUUCUAACCGGCUCUACCGCUCCAUCUUUGGGGAUGUAGACAUGGAAGUUUUUGCUGCUGAUGUUGACGACAUGGAGUAUAUGACCAAGGACGAAUCUGAUGGUCAUCGAAUCUAUUUCGGCUUGCGUGGUGAUGUCCUCCUCAUUCGUUCGCAGAGUAAUGAGGGUACGUUUGAGGCAAUCCAGCGCGACCAUUUUCUAGGAGAUCUUCCGCAAGUUAUCGUGGAGAAUACCAUCCCUUGGAUGUCUUUACGGAAUGGCACAGUGACCUUCCGGUCCAAAGCCUGCCCCUUCCGCUCGGAAGAGUCUGACUGGACUCUUAGCCUUGAUCUCGAAGGACAGUCUGAGACUGUCAUGCGUGCCAGCCAAAAACAUUUAAUAGACGCCCAAAGCGAAGUUGGCUCGACUAUCUGCAAAGCUCUGCAACCAAUCGAGCAGUCGUCACAUAUCCUCAUCGUAUUCAGCCAAAACACCACAAUUGAUGUCGAGCUUCCUCGUUAUCAUUUACGCUUUUCUGUUGAUUACAAGGGUCGAAUGGUAUGCAAAGAGCUUUCUGCCUUCGUUGACUUUGACCAGACGUUAGGAACUCUGCACGGGUUCAAGUCUCGCCUGAUCCUGCGCAGUACGAGCAAGAAUGCCGGGUCGAAUAUGAGAACAGUUCUUAUUCCACAUGGCGACGUGAGAAUAGAAACUGCACCUCCUCAUAUUUCUGCGCGGGUCCAGCUGGGGGAGACCAAUUCUGUGACCUUUUCGCAGUUCCGCCUCGAUGUUAGACUUGGACAGCUAAUUAGCCAAGAUCUCGAAGCGCAUCUAUACAAGGCGUAUCUGCACGCAAUCACAAGUUUUCCGGAAUUUGACUCCCUGACUGGUAGGACAGGCACCGAGGAGAGCCUGUUUGCCUUGUCGGAUUGCAUCUGCUUUACCUGCCAGCCAAUUUCUGAGCGUGCACAAGCCAUACUAUCUUUGAUAGCUAAGCUUACUCCAGAGAGGGCUUUCUAUCCUCCUCAUCUCAGGACGAUGCAGACUGUCACGUUCGAUGGGGUCCUCUCAGUCAUGGCUCAACGUGAUAUCUUCUUCGGAACGGUCUAUGAAAUUGUCGAUCACAACAAGAAAGCAAAUUGGCUGUUUGAUGCCCACGUGGCUGAAAUACCAUACAAGGGAGAUUUCGGAUUGUUGGACAGAUCGCAUCACCGAACACGCAAGCUUUUCCCGAGCGAAUCUGUAGCGCAGACCUCCACAUCUCUCGACGACCGGUAUUAUUGCUCACGGGAUCAAGAUUCGAAUGACAAUUUUUGGGCGUCAUCAACCAUGGCAAACCUUGUUGAAAUAUCGCCGCCGGCAUUCAACGUCAGUACAUCUUGGAAGAAUACGAUCCAAAAUUGGAAAAAGGUGGACGGUUUCCGCGACGAACUCACCUUCAACUCUUUCUCAAGUGUUCUGGACCAAGAUAUUCAAGACCUCUUCCCCCGUUUAUUGAGUUUCUGCAGAUCUCCGUUAAAUUCGAAAGAGAAUCUGAUGUUCGUUCUGUCGCUCUUAGCGUUUGAGCAACUGGAGAUUGGGGCGCAAUUGAGAUCGCUCCUUGCAUUCGCGAUUGUGCCUGCCCUCGGAGCCCUACCAGCCCCCGGGCACGACUCGUAUGACUUAAGAGACGGCUCUACACUCAAUCAGAAGGAGAUCUCAACGCUCAUUUCUCAAUGCGAGAAACCUUUCGUCCCUAGCAAAACCAUGGAUACGACAGGAAGCGAUGAAGGUGAGAUCGCAGAACAGCGCCUACAGUUUGACCAAGAGUUGAACACUCAGCGCAAAUUGAUCCUCGAAGCCGUGGAAGAGUCCUGGCCAAAUGACACUGUUAAAUUGCCGGCAGAGCGGUCGUUGAAUCAUUACAAGAUUCUAGAUUUGAAACAACUUCUCAAUGGGAGGUUUGCUGUAUGGAACAAGAAUUAUAUCUUCUUACGACUCCUCGAGGAUUAUGACCAAGAGCUCAGAAAAUUCUCCAACGCCUGGACUGGUCCAGACGUCGUCGAUACCACUCUCGACUUUGGUCUUGCCACCCCUACUGCCCGACUACAUACGCACUUUUCGCUACUUGACCUCAUGCUCAUGACGCCAAUCACCUCACACGACUUCGAGGACAGUAAGCCAACUGGAUUAGACGGAGACUUAUCGAAGUCUGUAAGUCCCAAAGCGGCCCGCCCAUAUCUAGAUUCCAACCAAGCCGCGCGUAGCUGGGAAGAUCUGGAAGACAUCACCGAAGAUUUGCUCGGUGAUUCUUCUAUGGCUGUACACGAGUAUGGUCAGUUUCUGAAAAACAGUAUUGAGGCUCUCAAGAGCCGAUCGGGUCAGGAGCAGGGCAAGAUGGAGGCGCCUACCGGCGAGCUUUUAACUCAAAAGCUUGAGGAGUCUAGAGGUCACAUUGUCUAUGUUCUUACCCGAGCCUGUACGCUCCUGCGACCGCGUCUCGUCUCCGGACAGGCUCUUGUGACAGCCAAAAUCUGGCCUCAGGUUUCGGAGUUGAACUUGCUUCAGCUCCUUUCGGCUGAACAUCGAAAUAAUGUUCCCGCUUGCUGGAUGUCGGUAAUUCUCCAAUUUGCGAGAGAGAUUACAGCCGCUCAACGCGUGGAAAGAUUGCAGAAGCUCCUUGCCGCUGAGGAUACGUUCGCUCUCAACAACGAGCUUGCAAACCCUGCCCAUGCUGAAUGGUCGCCAGAGGAUCGUCCUGACUGGCUCCUUCUAGAGUGUCAAAACAACUUUCUCAUUCGACCUGUGCAGAUCCGGGUUGCAAUGGAAUUGCUGAAGCCAGAAAAUGGGACCGUAUUACUGGGCAUGGGAGAGGGAAAGACGAGUGUCAUCCUGAAUCUUGUAGUAACUGCACUUGCUCAGAGUACGCAUCUGGUUCGAGUCGUGGUGCUAAAACCUCUGGCUCAAGAAAUGUUCCGGGUUCUGUCACGCUCUCUUGCAGGCUUGGUGGGAAGGCCUCUCUACUAUCUGCCCUUCUCGAGGCAGACCACUUUAACCGCCAAAACACCCCAGCAACUGAAGGAUCUGUAUGAUGAAUGUCGCGAAAAGCGAGGCGUCCUCCUCACUCUACCGGAAUACUUGAACUCGUUUCGCCUCGUGGGAACCGACAAGCUAGCACCGGAUACGCGUUGUAUCGCUAAUGAACUCAUCCGUGUUCAAAAAUGGCUCGACUGCAACGCUAAAGAUGUCCUGGACGAGUCUGAUGAGCUGUUAAAACCCGCAUACGAGCUUGUUUACACGAACGGAGAAGCAAACCUCCUUUCAGGUGCACCAGACCGAUGGAAUGUCUCACUGGAAGUCUUGGAUCUGAUUCAGAAAAAUGCUAAAGCACUUUAUUCUCAGUGUCGCAAUGGAAUUGAAGUCGAAAUACGAGCUCCAGGCUCUUUCCCUCAUAUCAGAGUGCUCAAUGAAGAUGGCGCAGUGACAAUAGCAAAACUGGUAACUCAGGCCAUCGCAAAUGGACAGAUCCCAAGCCUUCCUCUCGGCCAUUGCAACCCAGAAGUGCUUGAAGCAGUCGGCUCAUUCAUACUCAAUAUCGAACUUGAUGGUGGACAAAUUGAGUUGGUAACCCAGCAUUUUGAGAGCUCUACUAAGCUUCAUCUGCUCUAUGUGGCCAGAGGAUUGGUAUCCCAUCAAAUCCUGAGCCACACUCUCGGUAAACGCUGGCAGGUAAACUACGGACUGGAUCGAACCCGAACGUUGAGCGCAGUUCCGUACCGUGCUAAAUCAGUUCCAUCUCCAAGCGCCGAAUUCGCACAGCCGGAAGCCGCGAUCAUCCUAACAGCUCUAUCGUUCUAUUACACAGGCAUUCUUCGGCCGGACUUAAGACGAUGCCUCCUUAUUCUACUCAAAAUGCCAGAUCCUUCCGAUGCUUACAGCAGAUGGGUGAAACACUCCACUCUCCCUGACAAAUAUCGCAGAGUUAACUCUAUCAACCUCGAUGACGGUUCUUUCAUUGAUGCCCUAUACGACAACCUCCGUUACAGUACUGGGCUGAUUGCUUUCUUCCUGCGCCAUGUCGUGUAUCCAUCAGAAGCGAAAGAGUUUCGUUACAAGUUGUCCACCUCCGCCUGGGACUUAUGUCGGAACGACGGGGUGCUGACAGUGGGUUUCAGCGGCACUUGCGACAGCAAGAUACCAAUUGAACAGAAGGAUCUUCCGGAUUUGAGACACAUUACGGCUUCCACCCUGAGCACGCUGCUACGAUACGAUAACCGAAAAUAUUUCUGUGCGGCAUCGCCGUCUGGCCAGCGCCUUCCAACCAAGCAGCUGCUACAGCGCGUCACAGCAGAUGGAUCACUCGACGUCAUCAUCGAUGUUGGAGCUCAAAUGCUCGAGGGAAACCUGGAGAUCGCUCAGUUAUGGCUGCGGCUCUGCCCGAAAAAGAUGGCAGCGAUAUUCUUCUCGGAAGACGACGAGAAAAUGGUCUUGAAUCGCGACGGUUCAACCGAGCACUUAGGCACCGAUUUCCAGCUGCCAGACAAGUUUACUGCGGCUGUUCUGCUGGGACCUGGAAUUCUGAAAGAUACUUUGGCACAAGCCUGUAUGCGUAUGAGGAAGCUGGCAGUCUCGCAAUGCGUCAGAUUCUACGCUCCGCCCGAGGUUGACCAGGCUAUUCGAAGCGUCGUCAAAAACCCUUCAGGAAAUCUUGACAGUCUGGAUGUUGUUCGCUGGGCAAUCCACCAAUCUUGUUUGGCCCUGAAAAAGCAAAAUCCUCUCUACGUCAGUCGAGGGCUGCUACACUCGCGACGGCGACUGGCAGCAGAUCGUCACAUUUCUUCCGACGGAGAGGUUGUGAACUACGAACAGUAUCUGAACACCAUCCGAGAGCAAGAAAGUCGUCCUGUCACUGAGCUCUACCGCGCCGGCGGAACUCGCCAAGCAGAACUCCCGUUCGAGCCAACCUUCGCAGAGUCUCGAGACCCUGUGAUCCACGAUCUGUGUGCGGAAUUUGAAAGAACUCGGUCCAUCGACUUUAAUGACAACGACAUCACGCAAGAACAAGAGCGAGAAGUCUUGCAUGAAGUUGAAGAAGAGAGAGAGGUCCAACGUCCUCGAGAGGUUGAGCCUGCCACUCCGCAAUACUGCCGAAGUCUAUUGGCCGUCAUUAAGGGCGAUGAAUCUCCAAAUAGCACGAUUGAGCUUCAUCCAUGCUUCAAACUCCUUGAGCAGACCCGCCUUGGGCUUUAUUAUAAGCAAGCAGAGUUUCCUACGGAUGUGUUGGUGACCCAAGACUUCAUGCGAACCAUUCAGUCUCACGAUGAUUCCCCCAAAGAUGAUUUCCUGAGACCAGUACAAUGGGUGGUGAAGACCUCCACAAUCACACAACCUGUUAUCAUUAGCCCGUAUGAGGCCAACGUAUUUUUCCAUGCAAUACGGGGAUCAUCGAGUACCACCUUGCAUUUGUUUCAGGCGCGAACCUCCCGAGGCAUGAUCUCCUUUGAUGGCUUGAAUAUCUGCGAAAUCCCAGCGAGUAACAGCUCCGGCAAGAUUGAACCGCAGGCUAUUGCCCUGCUUGGCCUCUUUGCAGGUCAGCUGUACUUCUCUUCUUUCGAGCAUUACAAGGAGUUCUGCACGCUCAUUGGUCUCUUUGAUGGAGAACGACCCCUGCCUCGUAAGCGGCAGGUGGGUAACGACAACUUCGUUUCUCCUUCUUGUCGAAAAGCGAAUAGCUGGACGGAGUGUUCUUUCACAAUAAGCCCAGUUCCUUGGAUAAAGGAGUUUAUCGAUAUGCGCAGAGCCGGCAUUGAAUGGACACAUACACACUUGGGCAGGGUCUUGAAUGGACAGAUUUUGCAGAGAGAGGACUUUGAAGAGGAAGGAGAGGAGUUCAACGAUGAAGCCGCGUCAAAUGGUAUUGACGGGUCCAGACUUGGUGAGCAGGAGGAAAGCAAGGGGCGAGAUGUUGCGGAGCAGGAAUGA